AUGAGUUAUAAAAAAUUAAUUUUCACAAGAAAUUUCACAACUAAUAGAAGAGUUGUUGUGACUGGACUUGGUGUCACAUCUGCUGUUGGAUUAUCAGUAGAAAGUGCAUGGAAAUUUAUUUUAUCCGGUAAAAGUGCUGUAAGAAAUCUUCCAAUAAAUGAAGAAUAUUCUCGAUUACCUUGUAAAGUUGCUGCAGCAAUUAGUGAUGAAGACCAAAAUAUUAUACAGUCCGAUUUCAGCAACACUGAACUUAAAUCAAUGUCAACAGCCACAGUUUAUGCAAUGUUCGCCACGAAACAAGCUUUUGCUUCUGCGAAUUGGAUUCCUGAGAGCAUUGAACAGAGAAAACGUACAGGCGUAGCUGUUGGAAUGGGAAUGAUAGAUCUCAAUGAUAUUUGUGAAACUAACAAAAACUUAUCGAGAGCUUAUAAUCGUGUAAGUCCAUUUUUUGUUCCAAGGAUUUUAGUGAACAUGGCAGCUGGUCAAAUAAGUAUCAAAUACAAACUCAUGGGUCCAAACCAUGCGGUGUCUACAGCAUGUGCUACAGGUCUUCAUUCCAUUGGAGAUGCUUUUAGAUUUAUCAAACACGACGAUGCUGAUGUGAUGGUUUGUGGUGCGACAGAAGCAUGCAUCAAUCCAUUAUCAAUUGCAGGAUUUUGUCGACUACGUGCACUGUCAACAUCUUUCAAUGAAUUACCCACUGAAGCAUCUAGGCCUUUUGACACAAAAAGAGAUGGAUUUGUUAUGGGUGAAGGCGCCACAAUUUUCAUUCUCGAAGAAUUAGAACAUGCUGAGAAACGCGGUGCGAAAAUAUUCGCUGAAAUUCUUGGGUAUGGAUUAUCUGGAGACGCAUCUCAUUUAACAGCUCCUAGUGAAGAUGGUUUAGGCGCUCAACUCGCAAUGGAAAGAGCAAUUCAUGAUGCCAAAUUAGAAGUUUGUGAUAUUUCCUAUGUUAAUGCUCAUGCGACAUCGACACCACUCGGAGAUUCAAUUGAAGCUCGUUCGAUAAAAAAGAUUUUUAAUGAUCAAGAAAAUAUUUCAGUUUCAAGUACAAAAGGUUCUCAUGGUCAUUUGUUAGGAGCAGCAGGAGCUAUUGAAUGCAUGUUUACAGUACUUGCCUGUCGAGAUGGCUUUUUACCACCAACAAUCAACUUGAAUCAACAUGAAGAUGAAUUCAAAGAAAUGAAUUUCGUUCCAAACAAACAUCAGAACUGGAAUACAAAUGAAAAACGUAGAAUUGCGCUGAAAAAUUCUUUCGGAUUUGGUGGAACAAAUGUUUCACUUUGUAUUGGUGAAUUUAUAAAAUGAUUUAUUAAUUUUCCGAGUUUCAGUUUAUAGAAGAAAAGUUAAAUGUCAAUUAAAAAUAUAUUUUAAAUAGUUUUGAGGAUUUU